AUGAUGUCAGCUCCGGUGGCUGCCGCUCCUGGGGAUACUUCUGACGGGGUUGAUGAAGCCAGUGGAGGGUCCACUGUUUCUCAGGAUGAACAACCCAGCUCAGGACAGAGGUGGAGCGAAGACGACUGGCGUCUUUGGAAUGCUGGCCAGUGGCCGACGAGGGCAAUGGCAUCAUCUACGCCCACUGUGUACGAGGCUUCUGAUGGAGCUGAACAACAAGCUGGGACGAGACAGCGAACUUCAUGGUGGUCGAGCUCUACGGCGACAACAUGGGAGGACCCGUGGACCAGAUGGCGAGACCCAUGGUCUUCAGGCCGAUCAGAUGAGGUCUUGGAUGAGCGAGGUGGGGGCACUGACAAGAUAGCGGUGCCAGAGUUUUCAGGAGAAGACGAUCGAGAUGGGUGCAAGGCCAAGAGCUACUUGCGGAAGGUGCAGGCCUGGAGACGAGUGACACGUCUCAAGCCUCACAAGCAAGCUCUGGUCUUGUACAACGGCUUGUCUGGUAAGGCUUGGAGAGACGCCGAGGAGAUCGACCUUGCGGCCUUGGACUCCCCCGACGGCGUUGACGUCUUUAUGCAGUGGAUCACGGAGCACUACCUGGACAAGGAGAUCGUGAAGGCCGGCAAGUACAUGAGCGACUUCUUUAAGCACUACAAGCGUGGCCAUGCUCAGGAUAUCCGAGAUUUCAACAUGGAGUUCGACAGGCACAUCAGCAAGUUGAAGGAGGUUGGAUGCGUGCUGCCAAGCGUAUGUUGCGCUUGGUGGUACAUCGACAAGUUGAGGAUGGACAACGCUGCGGAGCUCAACCUUCUCUCCUCUGUGGGGAACCAGUACGAGCUGAUCCGCCUCCAGGAGGCAGCAGUGGUUCAAGACCGGAUGAACCGGAGAAUCUGGGAACAGCGGAAGGUCGACACCAAGAAGAACCAGGUCUAUGUGGCUGAGAUCGAGGACACCCCGGACGAUGAAGAGGACCCGGAAGACCUCGAGCUCUACGACCUUGAGGAGACUACGGAGGUUGACGAUGACGAGACUCAUGAGGCAUACGUCGCUUUUCAGAAUGCCAAGGCAAAGUACAGUAGCAUGCUCAAGGCCAGGGGCACCAUCAGCCCACAGUCUCGUGAGGAGUCUCUGCAGAAAGCGAAGGCACGUUCUUACUGCAGUGCCUGCGGCAAGAAGGGGCACUGGCAUAAGGACCCCAUUUGUCCAAAGAACAAGCAGGCAUCAACGACUGCACCGCACACCACCCACAUCGCCUACUACACCAAUGGUCAGAUGGCCGACCUGGAGGUGAUUGUUGACUGCGCUUGCAGCCGAACACUGGCUGGUCCGGAGUGGGUGAAGGCCUACAUGAAGAAAGCCGAUCAGUGCGGUGUGCCGUACUUUGUCAUGCGCCAGAACGAGACCUUCAAGUUUGGGGGCCCCAAGGUUUAUCCUUCGACCAGGGCGAUGGUCUGCUUUCUUUGCCUUCAGGGCAAAUGGUUUGCGGUGAAAGUCGCCAUUGUGGCAACCCACGUGCCGCUCUUGCUGAGCCGCCCGGUCUUGGCUGCCUUGGGGAUGCAGUUCAAGUUGGAAACCAAUGAGGCCAACUUCACCAGCUUAGAUCUUGAGGACGUAGCUUUGAGUUUUACUGCUUCAGGCCAUCCUUGCGCUGAAGCUGUUUCCUUUUCUGGCCAGCCACCUGCUUGGCCUGACCUGGUGGACUGGAGUGUGACAGAAAUUCACAUUCCAGUACGAUCUGAGCGCCGUGAAGCAUACAUGGCGAGUGCUGCUUCAGAGGGUAUUGGUACAUGUACCGCAUCCAUGUCACACCACGGAGAACAUUAUUUGACCCUUCCAAUUGGCAAACAUCACAAACUGAACUUCGAGACCUUUUGUUGCAAAGAUUGGGAACCUGCCGAGAAUCAACUUGCAUACCAUGUCAUGCAAAAUGCCAUCAUAUUGUGGUCGAACAUUCUUGGAGAGAAGAUCAUGGACCACGAGCUGAAUUUCUUUGGAUUGGCCGCAGCCGUUUUCAACGGAAAGCUCAAGCCGCCCCACGCUCCUUGUCUUCUACGGCAUCCCAUGUCCACGAGGGCAACAACCCCAUCGCUAUGGAAGAUGAAGCGAGAGGAGUUGGUGAUUGCCCUCGAGAAGCUGGGGAUCUCGGUGAGGGCGGAAUGGACAGUGCCCGAACUGAGGGCAACUCUGAUCGAGCAUCAAGAGACUCAUGGAACUCCCAACUCGAAGGUGAAGGGCCUCACUCGGCUCACCGUGGACGAGCUGAAGGACAAGUGUGCAGCCGAAGGGAUCGCCAUGCCGAACAGCAAGCUGACCCGGGGGCUUCUGAUGAAGCUCUUGAGGGAGAACGCACCCCCAACAGGGGACGAGGUGGUCUGCUUCGGGAUGUACAAGGGCUAUCUCUACAAGGAGGUCAACGAGAAGUACUUGGAGUGGGCGAUGGAAGAGGUGGCUGCCAAUCCUCAGCACUCCUUGGAUUUGGCACGCCUGGCCAGGUGGGCACAAGCCCGCUCCACCAUGCCUGGAACUGGUUCAGGGCCAUCGGCACCCGAGGUGGGAGCAGUUGUGCCGCUGCCCAAGGCAGCAUACCCGGUGCCGAAGGUCAACAUGCCGAUGAAAGAGGAGACGUCGUCGAAACAGUCAAGAACUUCGAGGACGAGACCCUUGGAGAUGGAGGAAUCGAGCGAGUUCUCGGAGGUGGAAUGGGCGACGGAAGAUCGCAUCAAGGACAUGGAGGCGAGGUUGGCGAUCCUACGACAGAUCAAGGCCUACUGGCAGAAGGUUGAUGAGCUGAGGGAGAUGAGGAGAUCGAUGAGACACGAAGCGCUUUGGGUGGCUACCAACGACUCUGCAGAGGAGGACCUCCCGGAGAAGGACAUCGUCGAGCUCUAUGACCCGGACACCAUCGAGGCUGACGAGUAUGACAUCGACAACGACGGCUUGCCCAAGGUGAACCUCAACUACCCCUCGGACUAUGACGUGGUCCGCAACUUGCCGGCCAAGAGGAUGAAGAGGGCAUCACGGAAGAGGGUCACGGGGUGGGCUCAACGAGCUUUGACUUGCCUGUGUACCACCUUGGUGGCAUUGGCCUCUCCAGUGGCCGAAGAGCUCAAGGAAGUGGUGGUGGAGCCACUACAUGAUGCCUAUCUGGCUGUCUCCGGUCAUCGACCUCAAGAGGAGACGGUCUCCUUGCUGGAACUCUUUGCGGGGUCGGCCCAUUUGACGGGCUACUUUGCAGCCAAAGGACACAAUGUCCUGGAGCCGCGAGACAUCGUCUACGGACACGAUUUGUUCGACAGGCGCCAGCAAGUGUCUGUCCUGGAGGACAUCCAGAGGAUGAAGCCCCGACUUCUUUGGGUGGCUUUACCUUGCACAAAAUGGUCACCUUGGCAGCGAUUGAACUAUGCCCAUCGGCGACAACAACUUCGGCGUGAACGAGCCAAACAACGGAAGCUUAUGAAGUUCACCCUGGACUGCGCUUGGGAACAGCUUGAUGCCGGUCGUGAGGAAUUUUGCAGGGCCAUCUUCAAGGGCUAUGAGAAGAUGACACACUCUCUUUGGUAUCAUCGCGAGGAGCAAACUUGGGAAGCUAUGCCUGUGGGGACUACUUCGUCUACAUCUUCCGCAUCGAGGAGUCCUCCCGCGCCACAUCAAAGUCACGUUCGAGAUGCCCAAGUUCCACCUCGUUCUGGAGACCAACGACGUGCUGAUCACCAACCUGAUUCUGAUCAACAACCUGGUGCUGCUCUACCUGGAAAAGAAGGAGCUGCAGGAAUACAUCUGCCCAGCAGCGUGCCCAACCACAUUGCGAAGGCUCUCAAGAGGAUCCACCAAAACUUGGGACACCCUUCCAACGCCGACUUGAGUAGACAUCUACGUCUUGCCGGUGCUGGAGAUUUAGCAGUGAAGGCAGCACAGGCCAUCAAAUGUGAGACCUGUUCUCGGCUAACUGGCCCCGGCACUCGACGCCCUGGCCGUGUGGUACGCCCAUUGGACUUCAACCAAGAAGUAUGUGUGGACACCAUCGCCCUCUACGACGUGGACGGGGGCAAGAUCGAUGCCAUCUCCAUCUUGGACGUGGCCACUGGCUAUCACUUGGUUUGCAGAAUCCGUGGACGCAAGUCAGCUGACCUCCUCCAAGACUUCAUGGAUCAUUGGGUCCAAUGGGCGGGCCCACCUUUACAGGUAACUUGUGAUGAAGAACGAGGCCUGAUGAAAGAGUUCACUGACGGCCUCGACAUGCUUGGGAUCCGAUCAAGGUACACUGCAGGACAAGCUCACUGGCAGAAUGGGGCUGUCGAGAGACAGAACCAGUGGUUCCGGGCUAUAUGGGAACGAGCGGUUGCACAUUCCCAGACAAAAUCCGGAGAGGUUGACUAUGCACUCGCAAUGACCUGUGCAGCCAAGAACAACUUGCGCCGCCAUCAUGGAUACUCUCCGGCACAAUGGCUCUUCGGAUCAGAACCACGUACUGGGGAUGCCAUGCUGGAUGAGAAUGAAAAGCUAUUUCAGCUCGAAGAACUACGCACAGAAGAUGACCUUUGGCGUCGCAAACAACAGAUUCGCUAUGCUGCCCGCAUAGCCUUCUUGGAGUCACAAGCCGAUGCUGCAACCAAACGAGCUCUACUUGGACGCUCUCGAGUAUAUCCUGGGCCUUUCUCGGUGGGCGACUAUGUGUACGUCUUCAGGGUCAACAAGACGGCUGGAGGUAAAGCUCGACAACGGCAGAAUGUAGGUGAAUGGAUCGGGCCGGGUGUGGUCAUUGGAAAAGAAGGUGAAUCCUAUUGGAUCUCACGUGGGGGCCGUUGUGUCCUCUGUGCAGGCGAACAUCUACGUCCUGCUGAGUCUGAGGAGCUUGGCCAGGCCUUUCAGACCCAAGCUCUCAAGGAUGACCUGAUGCGGGUGGUCCAGAACCUCAAGGACGAAGACAAUGAUGAGGUCUUCGCCGAUGCGACUGACCCUCCCCCGCUCAACAAAAGGGCGGUUGAAACACAACUGGUUCCAGAGCGUCGGGUCACAACCAAAGGGACAGUGAGAAUGCUGAAGAGGCCAGUUCCUCAACCUAGUGAUGACCAACCUGGCCGCAUAUCACCUGCUCAACAAAAUGCACAAGAUCUUGGAGCUAUCCCCGAACGUGAUGUCGAGGACGCGCUGGAUGAUGCUGUGAACCAGGCCUUUGUGGUCGAACGCCGAGCUCCUCGAAGCACCAUCAAGCAGCUCGACAAGGAAGUUAAGUGGGAAGAAAUCCCAGAAGAUGAGAAGCACCUCUAUCUCGAGGCUGAGAAGAAACAAUGGGAUGAACACCUCCGCUAUGAGGCCGUUCGGGUACAUCCUCCUGAAGAUGCUGGUCUUCUUCGAGCUAAGGUCCCCGCCAACAGGAUCUUGAAAGCUCGUUUCGCUUACAGAGACAAGAAUGUGGCAAAAUGCCGGGAGGACCCAACCAUACCGGCAAAAGCAAAAGCCAGACUAUGCAUUGGAGGUCAUAUGGACCCUGACCUGCAGAAAGGCGAGAUCAACACUGAGGCCCCUACGGCUUCCAAGACAUCGAUGUUCACAUUGCUUUUCUUGGCCGCCCAAUUUGGCUGGCGACUUGCUGCUGGAGAUGUGGAGGCUGCUUUCCUCAACGGCAUUGAGUCCAAGCGCAACUUGUACUUUGAGCCUCCCAAACGCGGGCUCCCUGGAGUCGAACCAGGCUCCUUGGUGGAAAUCGUGAAAGGGGUCUUCGGCCUCUCGAACAGUCCGAGGCUUUGGUGGGACAAGCUGGCUGGGGAGCUGAAGAAUCUCGACAUCAUUGUCGACGGCAUCCCGCUCCGCUUGGCACACCAUGAUUUUGACCCAUGUCUUUUUCUUUUGCAAGAACGGGACGAUCCCAACAAAUUACGUGGCGCCUUGAUCACCCACGUGGACGACCUGCUGAUCGCCGCGCCACCUGGUGAGAUACAACAACUGAUGAAGGGCCUCUCAGCGAUCUUCCCCAUCGCUGAGUGGGAGCAGGGCAACUUCGAGUACACGGGCUCUACGAUCACCCAGUAUGACGACGUGAUUGAGGUGCACCAGAAGUCGUACAUUAACUCCCGCUUGGAGACUGUCGAGUUCCCGGCUGUGUACAACCUCGACGACCCGGCAGAUGAGGUCACCAAGCAGGAUAACAUGAGCACUGUGGGGGCUUUGUCGUGGCUGGCAUCACAAAGCCGACCUGACCUCCAAGCUGGAGUAUCACUUGCACAACGAAAACAAAAGUCUCCAACAUACGGAGAUGUGAAGGAGACAAACCGUGUGGUCAAGAUGGCCCAAGCUGGCAAAGAUGAGCCCUUGCGGUUCACCCGGCUUACGGAUGACCCUAGCAAGCUGCUGCUUCUGGUAUAUCACGACGCAGCCUGGGCCAACGUGCAACCUGACCCCGUCGCUGAACCUCACGAAGCAGAUGAUGCACAAGGACAAGGGGUCUAUUCCCAACUUGGCCACGUGAUGUUGAUGACAACACGGGAUGCUCUUGAAGGAGUUCGUUGCCCGUCUAUGGUCGUUGGAUGGAAGUCCCAGGCCUGCCCCCGGGUGUGCCGCAGCACCUUCGCAGCUGAAACAAUGGCGGCCCUGGGUGGAUGGGAAGAUGCUCUGGCAUUCAGAGCCUAUGUGGCCGGGGCUCUCCGACCAGGCGUGGCCACCACCCGUGAGGAGAUGUCCAGAGACCUGUUCCCUAUCGUCUCUGUGACGGACUGUAAGUCCCUCUACGACAAUGUCCACCGUGUUGGUGGCCCUCGUGCUCCCACCGAGAAACGCCUCCUAGUCGAUUUGACUGCUUUGAGGCACAUGGUCAACGACGAAUACCAGAGGUGGGGCCGAGAACUACCUGGUGCAAAGACCCUUCGUUGGGUGCCAACUAAGUCACAGUUGGCUGACAUCCUCACCAAGGUCUUGAACGACGUAAAGCAGUGGUGGUGGAACGUGAGGUGGACGGAUCUGCCAUUUAGUGCAAGUCCAACAGUAUAG